GCGGAGGACAGGGUCUGGGUACCUUUCCCUGUCGUCCCUGUUGUGGGCGGGUGAAUGCCCUGCUUAUAAACCCAAAUCUUUCCUCGUGGGCGGGAACAGCAACAGUAGUGAAGCUCAGGAAGAGAGAGAGAGAGAGAGAGACAGAGACAGAGACGGAGGAGGAGAAGAGGCUGUGGUGGCGGCUGUGGUUGACCGGGGUUCGCGGAGGGGGCGAGGUGGCCGCUCCUGAAUGCCUCUUCAACCGCGCAUGGACGACCACCUCAGCCUCCUGCAAUCACCCCCGCCGAGCGCAACCAAAACCCGGAGCGACAACCUGGUAAACCACGGAUACACCGAGACAGAAGAAGCCGACGUGAUGACGGUUGUGGCGUGUGACAACAUGCUGGAAGAGUCGGCGGCUCUCCCGGGCCACCACUCCCUGGACCGAUAUGAACCGGACCAAGAAUGCUGCGAGAGGGUCGUCAUCAACAUUUCAGGGUUACGCUUCGAGACCCAGCUCAAAACUCUCUCCCAAUUUCCAGAGACGCUCCUGGGGGACCCCAAGAAGAGGAUGAGGUACUUUGAUCCUCUCAGGAAUGAGUACUUUUUCGAUCGAAACCGACCCAGCUUUGAUGCUAUUCUGUAUUACUACCAGUCUGGCGGGCGCAUCAGACGACCCGUAAAUGUGCCCAUUGACAUUUUCUCUGAGGAGAUCCGAUUCUAUGAGCUGGGUGAGGAGGCUAUGGAGAAAUUCAGGGAGGAUGAGGGCUUCAUAAAGGAGGAGGAGCGGCCGUUGCCAGAGAAUGAAUUUCAAAGACAGGUGUGGCUGCUUUUUGAAUACCCAGAAAGCUCGGGUCCCGCACGGGGCAUAGCGAUAGUAUCUGUCCUGGUCAUUCUCAUCUCCAUUGUCAUCUUCUGCUUAGAGACAUUGCCGGAGUUCAGGGACGACAACAGGGAUCCGAUCACCAUUGAACCUGUGAUUAAUGGCACGCUCCCGUAUUUCACCAGCCCCUUCUCUGACCCGUUCUUUGUGGUGGAGACGUUGUGUAUCGUCUGGUUCUCCUUCGAGCUGCUGGUGCGCUUCUUUGCAUGCCCGAGUAAAGCCACGUUCUCCAAAAACAUUAUGAACAUUAUUGACAUUGUGGCCAUCAUUCCCUAUUUCAUCACCUUGGGCACAGAGCUGGCAGAGAGGCAGGGAAACGGACAGCAGGCCAUGUCAUUAGCCAUUCUGCGCGUAAUUAGGCUUGUUCGGGUAUUUCGUAUCUUCAAACUCUCGCGUCACUCCAAAGGGCUUCAGAUUUUAGGACAGACCCUGAAGGCCAGUAUGCGUGAGCUGGGCCUGCUUAUCUUCUUUUUGUUCAUCGGUGUCAUACUUUUCUCCAGUGCUGUCUACUUUGCUGAGGCAGAUGACCCAGAUUCGGGUUUCACCAGCAUCCCGGACGCAUUCUGGUGGGCUGUUGUCACCAUGACCACCGUGGGCUAUGGGGACAUGCAUCCCGUGACAAUAGGGGGAAAGAUUGUGGGGUCUUUGUGCGCCAUCGCUGGUGUGCUGACCAUUGCCCUGCCUGUGCCUGUCAUCGUCUCCAAUUUCAACUACUUCUAUCACAGAGAGACGGAGGGCGAGGAGCAGGCACAGUACCUGCACGUGGGCAGCUGUCAGCCUCUAGCAGACACAGAGGAGCUGAGGAACACUCGCUCCUCUUCCUCAAUCAGCAAGAGCGAGUAUAUGGUGAUAGAGGAGCACGGGAUCAACAGCGCUUUCAAACAGCAGCCCAACUUCCCCACCACCACGCAAAACAACUCGCAGAAUUGCGUGAAUAUAAACAAAAAGAUUUUCACUGACGUGUAGCCAAUUUUGGAGUCAUGAUCCUGAACACAGAAAGGGGCGGUGUGUAAACACAGCUGCUUCUGUCGUUGCGCUGCAGCGUGUGGAAGCAAAUCAGAUGAAGAAAGAAAGCAAGCCCUGUCUGUUCAGAGACGCUGCUUUGUGCUCCAUUCAAAGAAUCCGGAUUUUUCAUUUGGGUGAUCUGAAUUCAUAAUUCUAUAUGUUUUCCUUUCGCGCUUGGAGAGAAAAAGCUCUUAAAGUAGCUAUUAGGAUUACUAUUCUUCUCUGAGUAAGGGAAUUGACCUAUUGUACAUCGUGCAAUAGUCAAAAUAUUAUCACAACAGGUAGUAUUAUAAGCUUUAUAACUGUGAAAGUACAACUGUAUGCUACUUGAUGAAGCACUCACAUUGUAUUAACAUGCGUUAUGAGUCGUGAUUCGUCAGUCAUAGCCUAUGUAGCCUAUACUAUUCAGAGUCAUUUAAAUGUGUGUGUGUUUAAACACAUGUAGGCUAAUGUCUGAAAAACACAGUUCUGCAUAUAUUAUCUCAAUUAGACCGUUCUGUGAUAUACAUUUUAUUGUGCGUUAAAGUCUAGUCCAAAUGCUGCUGUCUUUAAAAUAAUCCCCUAUAAUUCCUUAAUAUGAAUUGUCCCAGUAGGCAAUUUAAUGAGUAAACGUCACCAUAUAAACCCAGGGGCCCGCCGACUGUCAGUGUCUCAUUAUCGGUGCAAGACGCAAACAAAAGCGAUCAAAUAUGGAACGUGCUUCUCUUUGGAUGCCUCAAAUAUAGCCAGUCGCCAUGGCGACGGUCGUUUCUUCGGUAACCCCAGUCACCGUUGCCAUGGCAUCCUUGUUUCCACAGUAACCCCCCCCCCCCCCAGAUGGAUUGGAAGCUAUAUUGAAGAUUAUCAUCUAAAAAGCGUGUCUUCAGUAUCUAAUAAGACUAUUUUGUAUUUUGCCUAAAAUACAAGCCCAAACAAAACAAUGCAGCGUCACUAUCGCCAGUCAUCAAGCUCACUUAGUGACUUUAGCAUUGACACAAAAACAAAUUAGAGUAAGAAGGUCUGUUUACAAAUUGCCACCAUGGACUGCCUCCAAAAAAA